GUUUCCAACAUGUGCGCAGGGAGACAGAAUAAAAGUUGUGUGUUGGCCAAUGCGCCCCUGCGUCGGUCCCAUCCUGCAGAAGCAUGUCCCGUCGGAAACAGAAACGACCCCAGCAGCUUAUGAGCCUGACCCUCGGUGCCUGUCGGAUACUUGAGCAUGAUGACAACUCGGCAGUGAAGUCACAAUCCUUUCCAUCUAUCCUGGAUUCUCCCUUGUACUCUCCAUCCUCCUCUCGUCAAAGCUUCCAGCUGCCCCUCGCACUCCGUUCAUCUCCCAAGGGCUCUCAGACCACCUUGCUGCCCACUGAGAGUCCACAGCUAUCCUCACCGAGCCAGCCCUCCCACCAGCCCCUCAAAGACCCACAGCCCUCUCCCUGUCCUGACUCUCCUUACUCUUCUCUCUCCUCCCAAACUCAAAAUCCACCUGCCCGCCAACUGUCGGGUUGCAAUCCUACAUCUUCUACAACCCACCCUUCCCGAAGCGCACACAUGGCCUCUCCCAAGUUGGGGCUGUCAGCCACAACCACCACCUCUUCUUCCUCCUCCUCAUCUUCUGCCUCACUAUGUCCUCCACCACACCCUGGAAGCCCCAGUCGUGUGCCUGAGGGUCCCCCAAGUCCUGUUACUCCCACUCCUAGUCCAGGAGUGACAUCUGCCUCAGCUGCGCCCUCUAGGGCCCAACUGAGUAUUGCCCUGAUCCUGGAGGAGCUCCGGGUGCUGCAGCAAAGGCAGAUCCACCAGAUGCAGAUAACAGAAGAGAUCUGUAGACAGGUGCUACGCCUCGGUGGAGCCUCCUAUGCCAUAGAGACACCUUCCCAGCAUCUCCUCCCUCCUCUGCCUCAGCUCUGCCUGGAGGGCAGGAAAAGGGCAGCCAGCCCAACUACUAAGCCAACUGCACCUCAGCCUUCCACCUCUGUGGCUCCUCUCCUGGCAUGUUUCUCCUCCCUGCUCCCUUCUCAGGCAGCCAACAAACCCACAAAGCCAAGUAGUUCCUUGUCUCAAAUACUGCAGCCCCACAAGUCCCAGAUUGAAGGAACAGGAGGAACUGCAGGGGCCCAUGGUUAUCUGAGAGUGAGUUCUAGAUCCUCAGCUCCCUCCACCUCUUCCUCCACUGCCAUCUCCAUGGCUUCCUCCACCUAUCCGCUUGCCCUGUCUUUAGCUUUGCCCAACCGCUAUCUUCAUGAGAAAUCUCCAAACACCACUUCAGUGAGUGGGCACAGUGGCCUGUCCUUCCUAAACUCAUCCCUCUCCACACCAGUAUCUAUGGUCCCAAACUCCCAACAUGCUUUGCAGUCUGUCUCUGGAGGAGCAGACUCUUCCUCUGCAUCCAGUUCCACUACUACUGGCCGCCUCCAACAUGCCUGUCGCUUUUGUGGAAAAAUGUUCAGUAGUGACUCUUCCCUACAGAUACAUCUACGCUCACACACAGGGGAACGGCCCUACCAGUGUCCAGUGUGCCUCAGCCGCUUCACCACACGGGGCAACCUCAAGGUGCACUUCCUACGCCACCGUGAGCAAAACCCAGAGCUCUCACUUUCACUUCUGCCACCUUCUUUGUUUGGGGUAGCAUUAGGGUCCACAGCGGGGUCAGAUAUGGGACAGACCAUGACCAGUGGUAGCAGUACUAGUGGCAUGAAUAUGAUACAGAAGAAGCCAAAAAGCAGGUCUGAGGAUGAAACAUGUGGAGAUCAUCUGGAUGUUAGUGGUACAAGUGCAGGCUUUUCUUUGGGGGGCUCUGGAGGAUCUACACCUUCUACCCUACCCCUGGCCCCUAGUGUGGAUCUGGCUUUGAUUUCCCACUCUCUCCUGCAGCUCAAUAGGGCUGCAGCUGUUGCCGCUGCGGCCUCUAUCACCUCCGGCUCGUCCCACUCAUCCGCCUCUUCAGCCUCCACCUCUUCUCUGGCUACCUCCUUCCUCUCCAACCCAUCCUUGUCUUCGUCUUCCACCAUCACAGAGUUAUUCAAAGGUGCCAAGCAGCAGCACUUUGAUGAGAACACACCACCUCAUGCCCCAAUGCUUUCUCCUGCAGCCUACUCCCAGCUAGCCCACCUGCCGAAGCUCCUUUUUCCAUCUGUCUCCACUUCUUCCUCUACCACUGUUGCACACUCAUCCAUCUACAAUCAUCCAGCCUUGGGCUUGCUACAUACCCCACUACUCUCUACUCCAGGCUCCCACCAACUUGCUUCUUCCAGCCAUUCUCAGCUUUCUUUCCCUUUCUCUUCCUUUCCUAAAGGUCCACCCACCACCACUCCAUCCUCCCUGCCUUCCUCAAUUGCUACCUCCACUCCUACAUCUGAAACCUCCAAGCUGCAGAGGCUGGUGGAGAAGCUAGAGAAAGCUCCUCCCCGCUCCUCUUCUCCCUGGACUUCUUCCUCUACUUCCUCCUCCAUGCUGGAGAUGUUAUCUAGCAGGACCACUACCUCUUCAGCAAGUCCAGCCAACAGCCGUUUCACAAAUGCCAGCACUUCUACCACCUAUGUCAUGGCGUCCCCACCAUCUUCGACUCUUGUCUCCACUUCUGUUUCAAACUUCACCCAUGACAUGGUUGCUGCCCUAGGCAUGAAUGCCAAUGGAGCAAGGGCCAUGGCGGGGGGCUUGCUACCAUCACUAAGCAUCACAGGUCCAGCUGGCAACCUGACAAACAAUCAGUGUGGUGUGUGUCUACGGGUGCUGAGUUGUCCCAGAGCACUGCGUCUACACCAGGCUACACAUCUUGGAGAACGGCCUUUCCCGUGUAAGAUAUGUGGCAGAUCCUUCUCUACCAAAGGCAGCCUGCGGUCACAUCUGGCCACCCAUCAUGCCCGACCACCGAAUGCACGUGUCCAGAACUCUUGCCCACUGUGCCAGCGUAAGUUCACUAAUGCCCUUGUGCUCCAGCACCACAUCCGUAUGCACCUUGGUGGACAGUUGCCCACAGAUGGCACAGAGGAUUCUCCACAAGAGAUGCCAGCAGAAUCUAAUGCCAAAUCCUUGUCACAAACUCAAUCCCAGUCCACUGAGCCAAACGCUGCCCCUAGUAAAACACCUCCUCUUGCAGGCCACUCUAAGAGCCCAGCACCAAGUUCAAAAUUUCAAACUUCAGCAGUUGGCUCAGUCCCUGUUUCUGGCAGUAUGAAAUCAGUUGAGCUCGACAAAAAUCCCAGCAAGUCUGGGUCCUCCAGCCCAGACCUCAUCCCCCCCUCUGACCUUAGUCCUGACCCCUUCAUGAAUCCUACCACACAAACUCCACCACCAGGCAGUGUAGACCCCCCUGUCCUUUGUGUCAGUGCCCCCUUGACAGCUUCUCAGCAGACAGACCAAGCAUCCCCAGUUGAAAAAAACAACCAAGUUGAACAGCAGGCCACUGUUGAUGUUCCUGUUCCUAAAGCCACCCCCCCACCAAUUUCCUCCACUGUUACCAAAACGACAGUGUCAUCUAAUGCUAUGGCAGUGGACUGUGGAGAAGAUGAAGCAUCCACCUCCUCUGAUGCCUUCCUUGGAUCCAGAUCAAACCUGGAGGACUUACAAAGCACACCUGCCCUAGGUACCCCCUUUGCUUUGACUGGUCCCAGUACCUCCUCUAACCCCAUCCUGAGUCAAGAUGUUCUGAAUGUUAAUGCAGUUGCAACCUUGGAAUCAGAUUCAGUCUCCCCAAGGCUCCCAUCACCAGAACCCAUGGAAGAAGACAAAGACCAGUCUCCUCCACCAGCAACACCAAAGCAAGACCAAGCAACUGUGCCUGAUGAGGACCCCAAAAUGACGUCUACUUUGGAGACUGUUGAUACUACUGGUGCUGAAGUAAAGGGUGCAUCCCAGAGAGCUGCCACUUUUGUAAGGGAGACGCGUCAGAGCUUUCAUUUUGGUUCAUAUGGGAGGGAAGACCGGGUGGAAGGUGUUAAAAUUAGUGGAUUGGCUCCAAGUGAAGAACUGGAUGCUUCUGUCCCCCUCAGCCUCGCCCCAACCCUCCCAUCUCCAAUGUCUCGUCCUGAGAAAAAGACUUAUUGCUGUGCUGAGUGUGGAAAAGAGUAUGCUAGUCGCAGUGGACUGAAGGGGCACAUGAAGCACCAUGGUGUGGUAACUAAAACAACACGUCCACCAGCCCGGAGUAGUCGUUCCUCCACUGACCAACUUUCCUCUUCUACAUCUAUGACUUCCUUGAACAUUCCUGCCACCAGGAGCUCAGUAGGCUUCUGGAAUCAGUACCAAGCCUUCCUCAGCACCAGUAACGAGCCAAAUGAUGAUCCAACCGCUGGCAGCCCAGGAGAGAAUGAGUCAGCACGGUCUGCAAAAUCACCUGUUCGGUCUCAGAUGGAUCCAAGAGCCCCUGAUGAAGCAGGGGAAGAGUCUAGUGAAGGUUCAUAACUCGAGUGAACAUGACUGGUUGGAUAAUGUUCUUGUGUUUUCAAUCAAUGUUUACCUUUUGGUGAAACUGUAUGGGCAUUUCCGUAGUUCUGCUUCCUUAACACAUUUCAAGUCAGUUUGAUAGUCAGAGUAAUAUGUUUGUAUGUGAAAGUUGUGAGUCAACCAGCUUGGUCUUGUCUGAAAAAAAAGAAAGCUAAUGUACAAAUAAAGCUAAAAAUAAUCAAGAAGUAACAAAUUGAGUCCAGUUUUUACUGGAUUUGAUAAAAAGUGACACUACCUUUGUCUGGCUGAAGUUGUUAAUAGUUUGAUGCACAUUCUAAUAAAAAAAAGAGUAUCUCUGUUGUAUCAAUGUUUCGUAUCAGACCUGGGUCAAAUAGUUCUCACUUUUUUCCAGUAUUUGCAGAUUUUUUUGAUAUUACCAGAUAAUCAGACAAAUUUGAUAUUAGAUAAUAAGUCACAGAGAAUUACACCAAAUUAAUAGUUUCAAAUAAUUUUGUCAGUGUGUAAACAUUUUGGGACUCAUCGUGUUGUGCCAUUUACCAAAUCUGAUCCAACUGGCACCAAAGGAGGACCAUGCUAACCAAAAUAAAAUGGCUUUGCAAAUGCUGCCUGACCUAGGUCUGUUUCAUAUGUAAAGAUUCUUUCCUUCAGUUACAGAGGAAAAUGACAUAAACGAGAAAAAUACUUGUUUUGCUUACCUAACUUACCUUACUUUGUUUUGCAAAGCAAAACUUUGUUUUGCAAGAGCAAACAAGGCCAAGCAACUGAAUGUGUUUCUGUGGGGAAUAUUAAGUCUUUCGUCCCCUAUCUUGUGGUUCAGAUAAACUUCUCACUCAUGUCAUUGUGGUUUACUUUUCACUCUAUUGUCCUGUCCAACCAGAAGCACAGCUGCAGUGUUUGUAAACCCAGUGAGGACGUUAUCUUGUGUGUGACCUUUGAACUUCAGCUUUGUGAUUAUGAUUGUUGUUUGGUCCAAAAGUAAUAUCUGUAAAACUUUUUCAGUUACUAAAACUCUACUAUAUAUAUAUCAGAAGUCUAUGUCUGUUUGUUGUAAGCUGUACUUUCAGUAUCUCCAUAUUAAA